ACACUGAAAUGACUUUUAUUAUAGAAGGUUUAGGAAUAGAAAAAAUAUUUUUUUAUCAGACAUACGUCUUACUCAGAUUAAGACAAUUAAAAUAAUUGGAGGUAAAGCAGCAUACAGUAUAUCUUUGUAAUAAUACCCAUGACUCCCGUUAUACAUGCAUAUGCCUGUCAGCUGUAGGCUCCUUACCUGAUCCUCUGAUUUCUAGCAGUUCAUAUGGCUGCUGCUACCACAGCUACUUGCAGUAGCCUGCUGCAUCCUGGUUGGCUCGUGAGUGGGGCUGACUCAGUAGAUCUGGAGAGGCAGUGUGUGACAGAUGUACUUCUCCUACAGCCCUUGCUGUCAGACUAGUGGCUUCUUGCCAUUGGCUCAGUGCAUUGGACCAGCAACAGUGUACUCUAUAAUACUAUGCCUGUUUGUGCCACAGUGAACAUCAGAAUUCUUUCAGCAGGAGAAGCUUGCAGCGAGCGGAGCUGCACUUCAGGCAGAGCUGAGUGAGGCAAGCUGAACGUUCUGCUGCCGAUGCCAGUGGAGGAGAGCCAGAUCUGUUUUCAUAGUGGACUGAAUGAGGAAAUCAACAAAAGCCGUGAAUGGCUCAGCUCAGCUGCAGCUACCUAAUGAUGCCUGACCACUUUGGAAAUGAGAAGAGUUCUUGGGGACAAAAAUAAAGAUUUUCCCACUUGAUUCUUGAGUAAAGCACUUAUCAAUACCCUUACAAAACAAAAGGGUAAUGCAGUUCUUCUGAUCACUGGAGUUUACACAGCCUAGAAUUUGGGACAUACUUUUUCCUUUUCAUUUGCUUCUUGUCUGGCUGAACUGUGUGCACUCUGUGCAUGGAAGCUGUGGGUCCCAUAUGGCUUGUUAUUAUAUUGUCAUCAGCUCCACACACCUCAGCAAUGGUCACUUUCGAAACAUCAAGGGAGUUUUCAGGGGCCCGCUCAGCAAGAAUGGAAACAAGACCUUGGAUUAUGCUGAGAAGGAAAAGACUAUGGCAAAAGCUUUAGAAGACCUAAAGGCCAACUUCUAUUGCGAACUGUGUGACAAGCAGUACUACAAACACCAGGAGUUCGACAAUCACAUUAAUUCAUAUGAUCAUGCACACAAACAGCGACUUAAAGAACUGAAACACAGAGAAUUUGCCAGAAAUGUUGCUUCUAAAUCAAGAAAAGAUGAAAAGAAGCAGGAAAAAGCUCUUAAACGUUUACAUGAACUGGCAGAACAACGGAAAGAGGUUCAAUGUGCUCCAGGAAGUGGACCAAUGUUUAAGUCGACUACUGUGGCUGUGGAAGAUAGCUUUAAGGAAAUGUACAAUGGAACCCAUUCAUUUGGUGAUGGGAAAACAGAACACAUCAAAGUGAUUCCUCCAUGUGGUGCAGGAGAAGUUAAGGACGCACCCCCUGUCCAGCUUGCCUGCCAGAGUGAACAAUUUGAAGGACCACAUGACAGCACAACAAAGAAACAAGGCUAUGGACAAAAAAUUGGGUUUUCCUUUUCAUUUCCAAAGAAAGUGUCUGUCAAACUUGAAUCAUCUGCAGCUGUCUUCUGUGAGAACGCUGAGGAAGGAUCAAUGAAACUAAGCUUUAGACAGAAAAACAGGGUAGUUCUGAGUGACUGCAAUAUAGCCGGUACUCCUACAGCAGUAAAAGGACAAAAUAACAGGGAAGAAAUUCACAUCGCUGACAAUCAACAGGAAAAUUUCAGCGACAAAAGUGCCACUUCACAGGUCCAAAGGCCAUAUGAUGUGUCUGUGACACCAAACAACACAGACCCCAAUUCAAGUUUAUGUACCUUUCUGAUUUAUCCCGAGGACACAGAAAUCUCCUCUUCAUCUGAAUUGCCCACCUUUCCUGAAAAUAUAAGCAACAAAGAGAUUGAACUUACAGAAACUUUGCCAGAUUCAAUUGAAAGCAGUGUCAGGGAAUUUCAAUCAGAAACUAGUGAACAGUUAGCAGAGAGAUCAAAAAUGGGCAUAAACAUUUCAGAAGAAAAUGGGACUGGGGUUCUGAGUGUUUCACCGCUGAAUGGUACUGAGAUUCCUAGCUUAGAGCUGCAUAGCUCAGAGUCCACUGAAAAAGUUACAAACCGCACAGAUAAAAACCCAUGUAUAUUUGUGAAGCCAAAUAAACCUUUUUCCUCAGUCUUAAGUAAAGAUGGGACAACUAUACUUCAGUGGCCCUCAGAAAUGUUGACUUUUACAAAAACAGAGCCCCCUUUAUCCUACAGCUGUAAUCCUCUUCAUUUUGACUUUAAAUCUUCAAGGUAUAAAGCUGAAUCAGAGAGUAACAAGGGAAAAGCAACUGAAUCACAUGCUGUUAAGCCAGCAGUAAAAGAUCCCCUGACAGAUGAUAAUUCUUGCGUUAACACAGCUCUUAGGGGUACAGAAAAGCUCUCACAUUGUGAUAAGCACAGCACAAAGCCUUCAGAUGGCUGUGGCUACAAUCCUAUGCAAAAAGAUAUUGAUUUUGCAAAGCAAAAUAUCAAUUUUCAGGAGCCAGGUGAAUCUUUGCAAAUAAAUAACAAUCAGUCACAUGAACGACACUCAAGCAUAGAUACUAGACAGAAAAAGCACAAACACUCUAGUAAGUGUUCAAAAAAUUGGAAAAAAAGUUCAGACAAAUCUUGGAAGCAGGACAGGCAAGACUACCAAACUUGCAAAAGGAGGAGAAGGAGGAAAGCAAUGUAUCAUCUUAAUGAAACACAAAAGGCAAGAAACAAAAAUGACAUUGAUACAGAGAAAUAUAAGCAUUUCCCCAAACAGGGAAAGUGUAUAGACGGAUUUAAUGACCAAUUUGGAAGUGACAGUUCAGCAGAAGUUGAGCCAUUAGAAGAGUCAAAGCAAUCACAUCAAAAUCAAGAGCAAAAUGGCAGUGGCAGUAACAAAGCGAUGGAUACAGCAAGAAUGAAGACGAAAGCAGCAGGUAGCAUAAAUAGCACAGCAGGCACUGAAACAUUUUUUAAUGAAAGCUGCACUGAUCAUGAAGUGGUACUCAGGAGCAGUGAAAAAAAUCUAUAUAAUCCAUCAACAGAGCAGAUGAACACAACGGGACGCUGCACAUAUUGCUGUGAUAUGGCUUGCAAAGAAAAACCAUGCAUUAUCCAUGGAAGGUCAGAUGAAGUGCCUCUAAGAUGUGGAGAAGAAAACAACAAACAACAUACCCAAUUCUUAAAAAGAAGACAUGGGUGUCAAAAUGAAUUAGAAGAGCCAUGUUUGAAACGAAGGUUGUGCAUGACAUGUACUUCGUUGGGUAAAAGUUCCUGUGCUCUAAACAGACCUGGUGUUUAUAAACAGAGUAGGAGAAGGAAAAGAAGGAGAAAAAUUCAUGCAGGCAAUCAGAGUGUAUGUAUGGAAAGUCUUUCUAGAAAUUCUGCAAUGGAAACAAUUGAGUCUGAAAAUGGAUUGACAACUGUUUUUCCAGAGGUUAAUGGAAGCUCUGAAAGUUCCUUCAAUCUCUUAACUGAUAAUUUUGAAAACAAUGUGAUCCAAGAAGUGGUUAUGUACACUGAGUGUGUUAGUAAUUCCACACCCUCUCAGGUUGUAAGCUCUUCCAACAGCGAUAGCACUUCACCCGAAUCUUUGCUUGUGAAGCAAGCUGAUCAAACAGAGAGCUCUAGUUUUGUAACUGAAAGAAAAAACACAAGUCCAAAUUAUAAUCAUAAUGUAAGACCAGAAAUAAGAAAUGAGAAGAGUUCUGAAAAAACACGUUUUGAAAAGCAGUCCUGCAAAGAAGUGAUGCAGUUUAGAGGACAAGAUUUAGAAACCGUCGCUUGCAGCCAUUCAUGUCAGUUCAGGCCUAACAGCCACCAUCAGAAAUGUCAUCAGACUUUUCAAUGUCAAGAUGCAAAAAUCAACUAUGAGAGUGUGAGGUCAGCACAGAUGACUGGGUCUUUCCCAGGCUCUUGCCAAAGUUUACUGCUUUCUUCGGAGGACAUGGAGAAACACAAAACCCUGCACGUCCAAGCCCACAGGCAGGUGUUCCAUGCCCAGAGGUUUCCUGCCAUGUUGAAACCAAUCCUUGCAGCUCCCCCCCUUCCUGUGUCACCUCCUGUUCUACAUCCUGUGCACCUGCCCCAGCCCAUGUCCUCAGCCUCCAUCACGAUCCAGCACACCAUCUUCCAGCAUCACACUGCUGCCAUGGCAGCGGCGACAUGUUCCUUCCUCCAGCCCCAACCUCAGAUCGUUCAACAGGUCUUUCCAUUGCCUCGACCACCUCUGCCUCAUUUGUCUUUAGGAGCAGAAAUGUGCCCAGGUAGCCACCAUCCCUUCAUACCAGCUUCUCAGCUGCCAGUGGUGGCACCAGCUGCAUUGCAUCCAACCUCCCUGACCAUCCACGCUUUACCACGCUCCGCAGUGUUUUCACCAAUGCUUCCUUCACACCCGGCUGUCAUUCCAUUGCAAUCUCUGUUCUAAUAUUAGAUUUUAGAAAUAUUUGUCUACACCAUUAUUAGAUUGUUUCAGGUUAUUCAAAAUGUAUUUACAUUUGUUUUCUUUUAAAUUGAUUUAAUAGUUGCUAUGCUAUUUAGUAUUACAGAUUAAUUCCAAGCCCUAAAGUAUUAGUCACAUUUAAUGUGUUUUUGUUUUGCUGCAGUUAAUGGAGGUAAUACUAGGGCAACAAAAGAGAAAGAUGUUUUAAAACGGUCUAUAAUUUUAAAAAAUGUUUCUUUUGUAACCAGAUUUCAUUAUGCACAAUGACAUUGUCAUUUCUUUAUAUUUUUACUAAUGAAGAACUAAAAUGGAAAUUGCAGGUGAAUGAAGUGCAAUGCAAAUAGCAAGUAACAGACAUGUUUCUAUCAUACAUAGUGGUAUGGUAUUGUCCUACAUUUCAGUGUUAAAUUGUCAUAUUACAGUAUUUGUAAAUAAAAGUGAAUUUUAGAAUACUAUGAUUUUUGUCUUUAUCUACAAUAAUAUGUUUUUAGGGCAGAAAAAUUCAAUACUUUCCACCUGUGCACGGUUAUUUUACAGGGUGUUUUCAUUUGUAUGUGGUUGUUAAUUUUACUGUUUUCAAGUUCACAAAAACACGUAGUCAUACACAAUAUAUUGCCUUAUUACAUGGACACGUAUUUUCAUAUUCUGUAAAUGCAUCUAUCUGAAAACUUGCUUUUUAAACAAUACAGUCACCUGGCAGCUUUUUAUUUUGGAAAUGUUAAAACAAAAUGCCAAACUGCAGGAUAUUAUCUGACAAUAUUUUAAGAAUCAGAUCUGCUCUGUUCCUGAUCGUGUUGUUUGUGGAAUGCUCAAUGCAGUUAUGCGCUUUAUGCAAUGAUACUGCAAUGUAUUAGGCCUAUAUGCCAAAAUAUUAGUAUUCUUGGUAUGUUGCUUGCCCACUGAUUGGCACCUCAGGGUGCUAAUUCCAUUGCUAUAUACAAGGAGGAUAUUUUUAUAAAAACAGCAUGAAGUGACCAAGUGGCUUUAUAAUAUAAAUCCUCAAAAUAACACUGUACAUUAAUUACCAGCCCUGUUUAUGGAUUCAUGACCGUGUACUUGAUAUAAAAGACUGAAAGACACUCAGCAUUAAUGUAUGUAUGUACUCAACUGAAAUUGCUGUAAUAUGAAAAUUUGUACAUGUUGUACAUCUGAUGUAUUUUUAAUCUCCCUGUAAAAUUUAUUGUAAAAUAUGUUACUGUUUUUAUUGUGUAGGGUACCUUGUAUGUACUGAAUAUUUAGAUAAAACAGAAUAAUUAUG